GUUUAUUGUAAACCUGGUAGUUCACAAUCUUAAAAAUCAAAUAAAUGAGGAUUUGAGUCCGUCUUAUUAAAGGGACAGUUAGUCUAGUUAGCUAGUUCCUCAUCCAUGAGUAGAUGCAGGUGUUCUGUCUGCACAGUGAUGCUGUUGGUGGAUGUAGUUUGGUCCAAAGAAAUAACAGUUCCGACAUAAACACAACAGAGCAGGUAGAUCAUUCUUCCAGAAAAGUGACCCCAAAACAAUCUAGAUGAUCAGUCUGCACUGCAGGACAGAGGAGAAGUGUGAACUUGUGAUUUAGGGGUGAACUGUCCCUUUAAGAUAGAAGAAUAGAGCAGCAGAUAAACAGCUUUCUCUCCAAAACUGCAUGCCAUCAUCACAUGACGUGUUAUUUUUACCAUGCGGCCCUCAGUGGACAUCUGAGCAGACUGGAGUCAUCAUCAGUUGUAGCUCCACAGUCCCUCCCUCUCUCCCUGCUUUCUAUUUAUAUUCAGCCUAAUUUCACUCCAGCUCUGCUCUCUCUCCCUCCUGUCACUUGUUGCCUUUUUUUUCUUCUUCUUCUACUUUAUUUCUUCCUCAUAAACCUCCCGUAUCUGAUGGCUGGGCUCACUGAGGCCUUCUGUUGUGGGCAUGGUUGAGACCUUCAUCUUGACCAUUUGUGCCUUUAUUUCCAAUCUCCUCCAUGCUGUGUGGAGGACGUUAGUGUCCGACUGGCCGGCUGGUUUGGCACACGAGGAGCGAGGCCUCUCUCUCAGGCAGCUCAUGGAGGAGUUGAGCCCCAGACAACUGGCUGUCAAACAGCUGAAGCAACAGUUCCUGGAGGCCCUGCAGGCCGAUAAUGCUCAGGAGGUCCUGCAGAUUCUGCACACUGGGAAACUGGACGUCGACACUGUGCUGGAGGUGGACGACCCCGGCAUGGUACUGGCCUCAUACAAACAAGGUUAUUGGCUGCCAGGCUACAAACUGGAGAAGUCCUGGGCGAUGGGCCUUCACGUCUGUGUGAUGUACAACUCUCUGGAAUCAGCACUGGUGCUCCUUCAGAAUGGUGCAGCUGUCAACCGGAUGCCCAAUGGGAAGACGCCGCUGCACGUGGCCUGCGAGGUCGCCAACAGCGACUUUGUCGCUCUGCUUCUGGCUCACGAGGCAAAAGUCAACAGCCUGUCGCUGAGCGGACACACGCCGCUGCACUACUGCGUCACCGAGCAGGCUGUGCACUGUGCCAAGCAGCUCAUCCUCAAAGGUGCAGCGGUCAAUGUGCCCAGCAACAGUAACGAGGAGGACACACCUCUGCACACAGUGGCCAGGUUUGGUGUCCCGCAGCUGCUGGCUCUCUACUUGGCUCACGGAGCGUCUGUGGACGUGGUCAACUCCGCCCAGGAGACGGCUCUGAUGACUGCAGUCUUCUGGUCUUAUGACUCCAAAGAGCAAAACUACAGCCAGGACCACCAAAUAGUCUGUCGCCUCCUGCUGGACCACCACGCAGAUCCAAACCUCCAGGAGGAGGACCAUAAAACAGCUCUCCACAAAGCAUCCUGGAACUGCGAUCACAUCCUGAUGCAGAUGUUGCUGGAGGCCGGAGCAGAUGCUCGAGCCAUGGACAUCAACGGAUGUGCUCCCAUUCAGUACGUCCUGAAGGUGACCGGCGUCAGGCCCAUGGCCAUACCUGAGCUCUGCUACCAGCUGCUGCUCAACUACAACGCAGCACGGAUCUACCCACCCCAGUUCCACAAGGUGCUGCAGACCUGCCAUGAUUACCCCAGAGUGGUAGAGAUCCUGGUCAACUCAUAUGAACGAUUAAAGCCCACAAAGAAGUGGAGAGCUGCUAUUCCUGACGACAGCUAUAAGCGACAUCAAGAUUUCUACGACUCUCUGUUCGCUGUUUGCACCAACACGCCCCGCAGCCUGCUCCACCUCACCAGAUGUGCCAUCAGAGCCGCUCUGGGCGGGUUCUGUCAGAGAGGCGUAGCACAGCUGGCUCUGCCGUCUCCCAUCAAGAGAUACCUGCUGCUGGAUCCUGAGGGGAUUCUGUACUGAUGGAGAGAAUUCUGUUCAUGAAGCUCAACUACAGCACGGGCUGGAUCGCUAAUGUGCAGACUGUGCAGAGUGAACGUGCUGCUGGUUGGAGCUGACACCAACAGGUUUAUCUUUUAUAUGUUUGCCAUGCAAACCAUUCCCAGUGGAUUUUGUCAGGGUUGUAAGAAAUCCCUCAGAGGAGUGGAGCCCUAGUGCUGAUUUAUAAGAGUGAUCAGAGGCUGGACAUAACACAGCACGCCAGCCAACUACUUAGAAUGUAUGAAUCAACCAUAAAUAUCCAGGACAGGUGAGAAAAUGGCGACUGAGGAAUUCUCCACAUGGAACCAUGUAAUCCCUGUAGUAUUUAUGCCUUUCGCCUUCUAUAGAGGUUCUAUUUGUCUGUGAAAGUGAUUCGAGUGUCAGCACGAGUCAUUUGCAGUUAUUUUCCACCCACAGUGCUGAGGAGGAUCCAGAUCUACCUGGCAACGUGCCUUAAUGUUCACAUUCAAGUGCAAGCUCUCGAGAAACUCCACUGUUUGCAGAACAAACACUUGAGGAAGCCCUCGACAACAAGGGCUUGUGUUUGCAGUGGAUCAUACAUGUAGACAUGUACACCGACCAACGCCGUCUGCAAGAGACACCAAACAAGCUGUGGUGGAGGAAGAGUUCAGGUCGAACAUUAAAGAAAACUUAUCAUUAUUUUUAAAUGUUUUUCCUCUCUUCCAGUUGGUUUUAUGUUCUUGUGCAUAUGAAAAAUCUUGAAAGAUCUUAAAAAGGUCAGAGUCAGCACCAACAGACGCUCCUCUGUCCUACAGAAAACACUGCUCCUGAAACGCCUCAUCAGCAGUCCUGCCUUUAAUUCCACGACUUUGUGACAUCACACUAUGUCACCAUGUCACAAAUCCACAUCAUUUAUGCCCAGUGGCUAGUUUGGCACGUAUGAAUUGAUUUAGCACAGGGGUUAGGGUUAGCUCUGUUGGUGUUGGUGGUGCUGGCUCAGGCAUGUGUGAGCUGACCAAUCAGAGGAGACAGGGUAUUCUGGAGGGGGCUCCUUAAAGAGACAGGAGCGUUUCAGACAGAGGAGGAACACAGAGCUGCUGCACUGUGCAGGAUGAGACAACUGUUCAUUUGUAACAAAACACAAUAUUUUAAACCCCUUUCAUUCUUCUGCAUGCAAAAAUGUGAAUCUGUGAAGCUCUCCCUGAGAUGCAGUGGAGUAGAAGUUGACAGUGGAAUGAAAGGGAAAGAUUUGUGUUCAUGGACGCUACUCGAAUAAAUAUAUUUAGUUACUUCCUGUCGCUGUAAACAACACAGCACACGGAGGCACGGAUAAUAACUGAAGCUUAUUUGCUCAGCUCCAUAAAAACAGUGAUCCCCCUGCAGAUACAGUCACUUCAUAUCAGCAGCAGAUUUUAGACCUGCGCUCUUUCUCUACUGCUGCCUUCAGAGCUACUCUCAGAAUGCACUCUGGAUUCCCCCCUAGAGGAAACACACUAAACCACUUUGAAAAGUCUCAUGUGGACCUUUAAUUCUGUACAAAGUGCGACCUGGGCCAAUCACCGCGGUCACACCAGCAUGCAGUAAUGGUGUGAGCCUCUCAGCCUCCUUCAUCCAGGCGUUGAGGCUAAUUUAACAUGUGGAGAUAAUGCCAGUGUGCUAUAGAAGGAAGCCCUCGUGAGACGCAGGCUGCCGCCUGUUGAGAGAGGCGCUGCUGAGCUAUUAGUGGCUUUGUUGAGGAGCAGAAAAGGGAGAAAAUGCGCCGGCAGCCUCAGGACACAUCACGAUUUCACUAAUGAAGGCUGAAUUUACUGGUCUUUGUCUUCAUCUCCACUCACAGAUACACAUUCAGGAAGGUGUCACUAAAAAGGUCCGUCAUGGAAACAGGACAACAGUUUUUCUUGCUCACAUUUCAAGGAUUGAUUGUUUUAUUUUGAUUAUUUCCAGUUUACGUAGAUAUGUUGCAUCUUUACGUUCCUUUGUAUCCGUCUUUUGUGUUAUGUAGUGAUGAUGCUGUGCUGCAGCACUUGGUCAGGGUCAGGAAGAGAUCAUGUUUCAGUUUACUUGGUUUUGUAACGACAAACCCUGCUGGAAUUAUCCAAACCUCACAUCAAAAAUAUCUGGUUUUAUCACCACUCAGGUGUCUGGAAAAUAUUCUGACAAAGAUAUCAAAAUUUGGGGCAACCAUCCUCUACCCCCGACCUACAAACGACACCAGAGAGGCCACCAUUUUCUUUGGAGGGUCUGCAGUGCUCCCAGUGCUCCCAGUGCACACUUGUACACGUGUAAAUGCAAGAAAUGAUCAGGUUCAACGCUGGAGGCCUUAAUUUAACUCUCUGUAAAGCACUAAUGACUCCACAAGGGUUUAAUUAACAUAACAAAGCACAAGGGUGCGCUGUAGUUCCAACAUUUACUCCUCAUUUACAUCAGCACGAGCGUAAAUUAAGAAAUGAAAGCAGUUUCUUUCCCAUUUAAAUGAAGCCUAGAACAAAGUGACCAUCUAAAGGACCUCUGUUGUUGCUCUGCAAGUCUAUAUGUGUGCCAGGCACAUUGUCUGGAUGACUAAAGAGUCAGAGCAGCUCCCUGAGAUCCUAAAAUAAACCGGUACAAGUCAGACGAGGGAGAUUACCUUCUUAAAUCACACAUUACAAUAACAGGGAGGAGAGAUUAGUUCCACAUUCGACUGAACUUUGCCACAGUGAUUCAGUGAUUCCACAGACUUCAUCUUUGAGAGUGAGCUUGCAUAAUUCUGUCUUUUCAUUGCUGCCAUGCCAGUAACAUCUCGACUGGAACAAAGAGAGAAAAGCAACACAACCAGAAUGGAGCACAACGUGUGGGCACACUAAUGAUGGUGCAGACGAGAGCGGGACAGCCUGUUCUCUGCUCCUGCUGGCAGCCGGCCACAGAAAGCCACUGAACUGUGUCUGCGACGGCGACACAGACACACAGCAAAGUUUCCGAAAACAAGCUGUGCAGAGAGAGGAGGGACGCAACAGAAUGCCAACAGACGUAUAACAACCGGCAGCUGAGGACAAAAAGACUUAAGUUCACAAGAACACCAUGAGGAGUGAUGCACUGAGAGGUUACACAAGAUUUUUAUUUGCAACAUUCACUGGUCCUUUCUGUGGCGAGCCACAGCUUCAGUGCAGUAACACUUGGCCUUCCAGAGUGUUGUUUUUAUUACAUUAAUGUUCCCAAAUCAUGACAAUCUCUAAUAUAUGAAUUAGUCAGCGAGUACUCAGAGCUGUUCUAAAUGUUUCAAACUUGGCAGUGACUGAAUUUUACUCAUACAAGUGAAGUGAACGAACGUCUGGUACGACGAGGACACA